AUGUGAGGGAUAGGAAACACAGCGAGCCAUUCUUGAGCAGCCGAACAAACAAUAAUGGAAAGGUUUUUAUGAUUGCCUUUCCUUGCAAUUGACAUCUCUCCCUUUUUGCUGGGUCUUGUACUUGCCCGCUGUAAUCAGUGAUGUAGAAGAACUUCCUGCCAAAAUAUUCGUCCCACCAACCUCUAUGACUAUGAAGCAAGAAGGCCACAUCACAACAAUCCUUUCCCGUGCGUUCGAGAGAGGUGUACCAAUUCAAGCGGCUUAAAGAUGUGCAGUAGUACAUUGAUUACAGGUGAAGGUGUCUUAUCGUAGAUCCUCGGCGAGUGGGAAAGGGUUGAGCGGGUCUUUAAGCAGAAUCGAAAGCUAUCGUUGCUACAUUUUGCCCUCUAAGGCAACCGGAGUGGCCGGGCCCUGAAGGUGUUGGAGGAAAAAAACGAGCAGCUUUGCUUUCAAGUCGGAGCCUAUGUGCUGCUGCUUCAGGUUUGGCCGGGUGGCAAGCGCCCCCCCGGCCCAAUGGUUAAGGCUGGCAAUCUUGCGAGAGACAUCACCAUACCAGCACUGAAGCAGGCCCUGAGCAAAUGGGGUGUGGACGGCAUAAAGGAGGUGCUUCUUGCUGACAGCCGGUUUGGUCAAGUUGCUCUUUUUCUCUUCAAGGAGGCGGAGCAAGCUCAGCUGAUGAUGAUGGCGCAGGGUGUUGAAGUGGAGGGCCGCCCGCUGAUGCUCGAGUUUCUGCCGGCGGUUGCAGCGAAGCCUGAGAAGAAAGCUCGGGAGGUUUCACGCAGCACUGAUCUCAUUAAGGUAAGUGGUCUGCCCAAAAAGAUGGACAAGAACGAGCUGGUGACGCACCUUCGGUCGCAUGGUGUCCUCGGCAUCUCGCAGGUGGCCUUGCAGCCAGAGCAUGUUGCCAUCAUUCGCUUCAACGAAGAGAAGGAUGUCCCAAAAGCAAUUUCCAAGGCUCACAACACCGUGUUUAAGGAGAAGAAGCUGACGCUUGAGCCACUCAUGUCGCACUGGGACGCUCUUUUUCCGAAUGACGCAGAUGAGCGAGGAGGCACCUUCCAGGAUGGCAGCUGGUGGGAAGGCGCCUGGCAAACAUGGUCUGAUUGGCAAUCUGGAUCGAGCGGAUGGCAAGAUGGAUGGCAAGGAUAUGACCCGUGGCAACCUUCGAGCGCUCGAGGUUUUGGCAGCUAUGGCCCUCGUCGUAGCGGGCCUUACUGAAGCGGGUGCGUUGGCGGAAACUCUUUAGAGAGGCUGGCAAAGUGGAGAGAAGGAGCAGUUGUGCCUGCUUGAGAUUUCCAUUUCACUGCAUCAGACCCAUGUUUACUUGGUCUGUAUGGACCAUAGGCCCCAGUACA